ACACUCGUGCAGAAGAAGCGCGGCAAACCGCUCUUUACUUCACCCUGGCAACGGCUGACAACGCUAUGGCAACAACUAGAUGCCUGUUCCUGACAGCUAGCUAGGCUUAUACGGUAAACGGGCACUCAUUUCAGUCUCUUAAUGUCGGAACGAGUUAUUCAGUAAAUUUGACCCGUUAUUCUGAUCGAUACAUGCGGAGAAAGCGGUAACAGGAGAAGGAAAUAGCGAAACUGUUGUGUGCUGCAGAGAUUGGAAUGAAUGAGAGGCUACACAAGUCUCAGUGUGAUUUAGCAUCUACACUCCGUAUCUGAUGUUAGUGAAGUAACGCCUGCGGGAGUGAUUUUACAUCCAUUCAAACGAUUUUAGGGAUGUUUGCCAAGGAACAUUGACGUCAACUGACCGACAGCCACUGAGAGUUUGCCUAAUAGAAGUGAAGAAUCACACAUGUCUCAGUGGAAAGAGGUUUUCGAAAGAAACCGUGUGAUCCCACCUCACAGUCAAACUGCCCGACAAGCUCGAGUAUCUUCUCAAGGCCUCAAGCUGGUCUUCAAGCAGAUCGAUGGACUUCACGUAGAACAGUCAGAGGAGUCCCAUGCACAAGGGUGUCAGCUGCAAGUGACCUUGUACGACUCGGGUCACCAGCACUUCUUUGGACGCACGUGGAAGAGCGGCUCACACUCUGUCAGUGGCACAGUGGGUCAGCCCGGUCGAGUGCUCUUCAAUGAGGUGGUUUACUUCCACACUUCUCUUUGUUUGAGCUCUGUGGUGGCAGUGGUAGAGCUGGUGUCUCUCUCUCCCAAGACAGAUGGAUCCCAGAAUGCAGUGGGGUCAGGGUUCGGACUCCUCCAGCUCUUCACAGGUCAUGUUGAUGGCAGCUUCUCUCAAGGGGAGGGCAGGAUGAGUUUUUUCAGUGGGACCCCCAGAGCCCUCCUGCACCCAGCAAUGAAAGACCCUCAGCAGUUGAAUGCCAUGUUAUCACCGAUAGACGGCUGUCAGCUGCUAUACACGAUUAAGCCACACCCAGCCCUCACUCCCAUCAUGCACCUGCUCCCACCCAACACCCUGGUGUCUGGACAUGAGGGCAUCCCCGGUGUGGUGCCAGACAGCACAGCAGACGCGCUGCGGAAGCCUCGUCUGUUGAACAGUUUCUCGUGUAUUUUGGAGGCUGUGAGUGUGACACUUUUCCCCUCUGUGGAGGUCUUCGAAACUGACCUGCUCCAGCUGCUCAACCAAGACUGCCAGAAUACAAACAGGGGUUCGGAGGGACGCUCCGUUGUGGUGCAGGAACGCAGGCUGCUGGUUGGGGUCCAUAAUGGCUGGGGUUGGGUGGAGAAGCCUCAGGUGUUGGUGCUUGAGCGUGAGGCCGUAGGGAGCGUAACGGCCGGGGCCCGCGGAGCCGGCACAGGCGGCAGCUUCAGACAAACUUCCAAGGAAAAAUUCAAUGAUAGACUGUGUCUUCGUGGCAGUGUGGAGCUGAAGUUGAUGAGACACUCAGCUUUCAGCAUCGUCUUCCAGCUCCAACAUGUUUUCUCUUGUCCGCUGGCUGGAGAUGGGCAGAUGACAUCAUCAGCCAUGCCCAGAGCAGCAUUCAUGCAUUGCGUGUGUUGGUGUGUUUGGAGUCUGUUUUCGGAUCCUGAGGGCCCCGUUGAGAACAUGUGCCUCAACUUGCAGAAUGGUGCUGUCCCCAACCCUUGGGGUGUCAUGGUGUACUCCUCAAACACACAGCAGUUGAAUGCAGGGAAGAGUGCCAUCAAGUUCAAGUUUUCAUCUAGUGUGGAAAGUUCUGUCAGCAAAGCGUCAAAAGUGAACCCAUGGGAAACAACGCCACCUAAGAAGUUCUUUUCUGCAUCCCAAGAUGAGAAUGUCCUCGAGCCGACAGCUUCGACAGCGCAGUCUCCCCGUGGCCCAGCCCUGUCUCUCUCUCAGCUUGCUAUGACUUCACGGUACCCGACCAUGAGCCACACUGUGGGGUCUCCAUGGCAACAACAGAUCCCCUCUCUUCUCUCUCCCUCCCCGAUGGCAUCGGCCCACCAGCUGUCACAUGUCGAGCGUCUAGGUGCCGGCAGCAUAGCGCACUUGGAGCUGAGUGUACAGGAGAGAGAGGGGGAGAGAAGUGAGGACGAGGGCGAGAUACGGGAACUGACCUUCAACCCGGUGCACGCCCCUGUCAUUACCCUCGGUACACAUGCUGCAGGCUCCUCUAAGUUGACCUCUCGCAGAUCUCUGGCCCAGCUCUUCUCCUCGGGUUUCCCUCAGAUUCUGGAUCAGCAGAACCAGGUGGCUGAGGUUCUGGAUUCUUCCGAGCCUGUGAACUUUGACCCUAAGAGAGAAGAAGCGGAUCCUCUUCAGGCCAACACUCUUAUUCUGCAGUUCCUAGCCUUUACCAGGGUUCCUCAGAGUGGUGUGCACUCAGACUGGCCGAGUUCUGUACAUUUUACCUUCCAGCUUUACCGAUUCCCCCCCGUCACCACUGAGAGACUGAAGCUGCUUGACCCGCAAAGGAACAGCAGGAUCAGCGGGAAAUCCACCUCUGAUUCCCCCUGUGUCCUUUCUCUUAUCAACAAAGAUGGCACACUAAGCUCUGGUUGUCCUGGUCUGCAACUGCAGUACAGAGUCGACCCACAAUUCCUGAAGCCGGGUGAGCGGGUGUGGUUCUUGCGAUACCUGGCGCUUCAUUCCCUUCAGAUUGAUGUCUGGGACAGCGAGUCAUUAUUGCUGAUUGGCUCAACCGCCGUAGAGCUGAAGCAUAUGCUCCGGCAGGGCCGUGCGGCCGUCCAGGUGUGCCACGAGCUGGAAGUGAUCACCACCGAGUACCUACAGGAUCCCAGCUGUGACGGCAAGCACGGGGCCUUUCCACCCGUAAAUGUCUACACCACCGUGAAAGGAAUUCUGCAUCUGCGGCUUGGCAACGUCGGUGGCAGUGUAUCAAGUUCCAAAAGUUCCUUGGCUCUUCCUCCAUCACAUUCCCAUGUGGUCCAGCCCAGUGAUGCCGCUCGGGGUUUAGCGGGAGGAAGUGUCCCGGCUUUUACGGUCCUCAAGCUUAACGCAAACAAUGCCAGGCGAGCGCGCCGCUUGCCAGAAAUCGACAGCGAGCUGGCCAGACUGCUCCACAGCACCAUGAGGGAAGUGGGCGGAGCCAUAGUCCACAAGCAGGGCGAAACGGAGGAAGUGCGCCAGAGGAAGAUGGAUAGAAUGGCAGCUGUCCGUCAACACGAGGAGCAGGGGGUCCCGCCUCCUUUUCAGGAUAAUUCAAACCUCACGAGGCACAGAACAGAGCGUCUGCAACAUAAUCGUGAUCUACACGUGAUAGAAGCCUAUCGUCAGCGCUGUAAAGCACAGGAGAUCACCAAUAUGCUCUGCCAAGCCAUUACCACCAAACACACUCUUUACGCCACACUGGGAACAGCUGAGUUCUUCGAAUUUGAGCUGAAUAAUCCAUUGAACGUUCCUCAGACAGUAACUAUUGAGUGUGACGAUCCAGAACUCAGUGUAAUCGUGAACAGUGAGGAAUGGAGAUAUUUUAAGGAGAUGACGUUGACGCUGACACCUCUAGAGCAGGAGAUGUUUCACCAGGAGAGCACACCACGGGUUUACCUGCGACCCAAUGAAAACGUCCAUAUCCCAUUUAAGUACCAAACCUUCCUAUGUGGGCACGCCCUCCCUUCUCAGGAUACAAAAGGCUUAAAGAUUUCAAGAAGUCAACAGAUGGCUAAGAAACAUAUGUCCAACACCAUUCAAGCGAAAUCCAUCAAGGUUCAUUUCCGUGGGGAGGAUGGAAAGCCUCUGGCGAUCUGCCAGGUGAAUGUUGAACCAACGCCACAUGUGGUGGACCAGACCUUUCGUUUCUACCAGCCUGAACUCACCUUCCUGAAGAAAGCCAUCCGCCUGCCUGCGGCCUGGGACAGCACAGCAGAUGGUUCCGCCACCCUUCAUGUGCGCUGCAGCGACCCCAAUGUCGUCUGCCACACCACCACCUUGACUCCAGGAGAACCGCAAGACGUAUUUCUGAAAGUACCUGGUUGUCCAAGUCCACAAAUUAGGAAAUUCUUCAUCACUAUUUUCACUGACCCCUGGCUGGCCUCCCCUGCGCAGAUAUGGCAGGUAUACGUGCAUUACCUGCAAAGGAUGGACCUAAACUGUGUGUGUGGCACUCUCGACUGGCAUUCGCUGGUUUUGCAUGGCACGCAAGCCAUCCGGAGGGUCAAGUGUUAUACGUCGCAUUCCCUGGAGCUUCAGGUUGAUCCAGGGGAAGUUUUUGCUCUGCCUGGUCAGGGUGUGCAGGACGUCCGUGUGGGCGUGAGGGCCCUGCGCCCUGGGAGUCGUUUCUUUUACCUCAACGUGGUUGACGUGGACACACGGCAGCUUGUCGGCUCCUGGCUGCUGUGUAUUACAUGCAGGCAACCUGUGAUCGCAAAGGCGUUUGAAAUCAAAGUCCCUGUUGAUGGAGGAAAGGGCAGCAAUAAGAAAAUAAGUUUCACCAACCCGUACUCUAGCCCCAGAGUAUUCAAGCUGAGCACAGACCACCCGGACCUUCUUAUGUUUAAAGAGGAACAGUUUCAGAUCAGAGGAGGGGAGAUCUACACCAUCGGUCUUCGCUUCGCUCCAACUCAGAAUCCCGGUACAGAAGAGAUUCUCAUCUUCAUCAAUGACCAACAGGAUAAGAACGAGGACACGUACUGCGUUAGAGUCCAGUACAAAUAACAUUUACUCCACUACUGUACAAACACAAACUCUUUUCCAGUCCAAAACACUCUCAAACACACACGCACUGCACUUAUACUAUAUUUAUUCCUUUGCCCAUCACAUACAAACCUUGAAUGCUUAAAGGGAUAGUUCACCCCAGAAUGAAAAUUCUUUCAUCAUUUACUCACCCUUGUGUUAUUUAAACCUGUUUGGCUUUCUUUCUUCAGCAGAACGCAAAAGAUAUUUUGAAGAAUGUUAUUAACAGAAAGCAUUGGUCACCAUUGUCUUGCAUUGGUUUUGUGUCUGUAUAAUAAAAGUGAAUGUGGACCAAAAAUGGUUUCUGUUUAGUAACUUUCUUCAAAAAUGUUCUUUUAUGUUUGGAAGAAAAUAUGAAGUCAUACAAGUUUGAAAUGAUGAGUGUGAAUCUUCAUUUAUGGGUGAACUAUCCCUUUAAACACGUUAUAUAAUUCAUAAGCUAUUAUGAACAACCAAUGAAACCUACGUUAUUUAUUGAUUUUGGUUCACGUUAAAUGUGCUCACAUCAGUUUCUGCAUUAACUAAUUUUUACUUAUAACAUUAAGUAAAAAAUGUAUUAGUAAGUGCAAAGCAAAAGCAACAACUAAGAUCAACACAUGCUUUAAUUGUGUUGUCCAUUUUUUACUUCAUUGCAUUAUCACAUAUAAAAAUACAGACUAAACAUACUUCUAACAAACAACUAGACCUCUCGAAUAACCCUAUCAGACAGUUCGUCUAAGCAGAGAGACGUGUUUCUCACGUGUGUUGGAGUAAAGCCACCCUGCUAUCGGCUGAGACAGAGAAGAGAUCCUCAAUGGAGCCGAUGCUCUUAUCCCCCCUCUUCAUGUGUGUUUAUCGUAAAGCCGCAUCCCUGCUGCGACGGAUCACGGAGAACUGAUGGCCACUUGGCCAGGACUUCAGCUCUAGAUGUUCUCAAGCAAGAAGUAUGACCAAACAUCGCUUAUUAUUACCUUUUGAAGAAUGUUUGCAGAUUUUGUAUCAUAUUUUUUUGCAGCAUCAUUAAAAUGCUCAGAUUUUCGAGUAUAAUUCUCUUUAUCAUUCUUUAUGUAUCGCUGUGUUUGGAGUAGCUGUGUAGGGUUUCCAUUACCAUCAGAGGACUAAUCUCCCUCCUCCUAUUAGAGCUACAGCUGACAGAGUCUGACAACAGCCAAACAAUCGACCAACUAACCAGCUCAGAGACGCUACAAAGAGCGCAGACUGUAAAAGAUUUUAUAAAAGUCAAACUAUCCGGACUCCAGAAAACCUCUAAUGUUUCCUGAAGUCCCUGCACCUCAAACACAUCCACUGAAUUGUAAUGCCGGUGAAGUGUGGGAUUUCCCACUCAGAUAUUAUGAAGUCAUCUCUCUCAGCGGGCAGUGCUGUCCACAGUCUGUUGACAUGCUGUUUGUAGAGAUUUUUCAAACUGUGUCAUACACACAAUCACUUCCUCUCUGACACACACGCUCACACAGACUCUUCAGAGACGCCGACACGAUGCUCAGCGCUGCCGGAAAGAGCAGGAAACGGUAUCAAAGGCACAAUGAAAAUGUAUCGGCUUCUUCUGAGGUGCGUCACGAGAGCUUAACCAGUGCUGUGGCAGCUAGUGUGCGUCGAUACCGAGACCUGGUGCGAAAUUGUGUAUUUUUGGUGGGUGAAAAUGAGAGAGGAUUUGAGAGUGCGAGUUUGAGAAGAUUUGAACAGAGGGAGGCAGAACGUGUGAGCGAAGGAGAGAAAGAGAAGGGAGGGUUUGAUGAAGAGGUGUUAAGACGAGGGUUAAAAGGAGCAGCUCUCUAGUAGUGUGUUGGAUAAAACUCGCUCAGUCUGAAGCUCUGCUAGAGAAUAGAGGAUCUCGGCAGCAGUUAACUCAGUGGUGUCUUAAUGAGCAGAUCAGAGGGAACAUAUGGAGCGUGUUUGUAACGCGCAUCCAUUUCCACCCGUCAUCGGCUUCUUCUCAUUAUCCUCAUGAUCGUGACCGACCUGUAGAGGGCACCCCUCACCGUGACAGAAGAGAGAGAGACGAUAUAAAAGCAAUAAAAAAGAAUGCCUGGAAACCAUAUACUUGAUUGUGUGUUUUUGUGCAUGUGUCCAAAUAACUGUCUUUUCUGUGACAUGUGUUGUCUCUCCCACUCUGGGUUUCAUUGGACUUGUGUAGAUUUGC